CCUCCUCCCUCUCACAGCCGCCACAUCCCAUUCCUCUCUUCCUCCUCCCUCCUCCUUCCCGGAUCCCUACCACUGCCACACCCACUCGUCUCCUCCUCUCUCUUUUAGCUAACUCCUUCCUGAUCUCUGCGUCGGCCACAGCGCGAGAGGAGCAGUGGCGGCAGAGAUGCUCCGAUGGCGGCGUCGAGUUGCGAAGCGGCGGCGCUCGGGAGCGAGACGACAGAAGCGGAAGCGGCUACUCCGGGCCCCGAUCUGGGGGGUUCGGUUCCAGGGCGCCGACGGCUUCUUUGUCUAUGACGCGGGGGCGAGCUGGGGUUCGUCAUCACCACGGCCGACCACCUCCCAUCGCUAGCCGAGCCCGGUGGUGAGGUGAAGGAGCAGGGUGGGCGGCCCGUCGUGAUGGGAUGGGGCUAGGGAAGAGGGAGGAGGCCGAAGGGUGAAGGAGCAGGCCGGCCCUCACAGUCACAGAGGCACCGCCGCUGGUGAGGUGAAGGAGCAGGGUGGGCGGCCCGUCGCGAUGGGAUGGAGCUAGGGAAGAGGGAGGAGGCCGAAGGGUGAAGGAGCAGGCCGGCCCUCACGGUCACAGAGGCGCCGCCGCUGUCCAGGGUCAUUCGCCGUCACCGGCCUCACUCGCCUCGUCUCCUAUCUCUUCAUCACUGCAUCCAUGUGAAUUUUUGGAGAAUGGUGCUCCGAUUUGGUCCCAUGCUACAGGCCUGCAACAUUUAUAGACGAGGAUUGCAGGUGUCGAUACAAUGGAGCAAUUUCUGGCUUUGUAGUUGGAGCAUAGCCUCGAUUAUGCAUGAUUUUGGGGUUUUGCUCUCUCCCUGUGUGCUACACAUUUCUGCUCUCCCCAGUAGGUACAGUUAGUAUGAAAUAGGACAAUUGGAUGUUAAUCUGCUUUGGGCAGCGGCGGUGCAUCAAGGUGCAAGGCAGCAGCGACAUGUUCAUAGUACGCUAAAGGAUGAACUCCUACUUUUCCUGAUGCUAGCUCCUUGCUGCAGAUAUACCAGCCUGCUUACAGCUCCCAAGAUAUCCUCUUGGUCAAGGCAAUUGCACAUGAUGAAGCCACUCAUUUUAGUGGUAUACCACACUCUGAGCAAUAGGACCAAAAACAGGAAGAUAAAAUUUCACAAUUCGAUACUUCAUAUUUUCCAGAAGUACGGCCACCUUCUGCACAGUGCCCUUGCAUUGGGGUUCUUAUCAAAUAAGUUUCUUUCCGUAGAAUUUGUUCAGGAUAUGCAUUGUGCUUAAACAUGAGUGCUCGCUCGUCGAACGUUGGCCCUCGGAUGAAUUCGACGCUUGAAUCGAGCUGACGAGCCCCAUGGGGGUGAGGCGGAUAACAAUACGAGAAGGAGCAUGCCAUCGAGGAGUGCAAGCAGCGGCACUCCUCCACAAUGGGGUAUGGCUGCAGGGGAGGGGACGCGGCCAACGACAUGAAGAAGGAGCAGGUCGUCGAGGACUACAAGCAGCAGGUUUCCUUUGACUGGAAGUCUGAAACUGAAGAUAGGGCAUAUUGUUUUGGUUCUGAGUGGCCGGAGAUAUUGUGGCUUGAUGUACCUAGAGCAGUCGGACCCUUCCAAGAUAGAAGAUCUUUGGGAUUGACGUUCUGAUGAGAAAGUAGCAUACGGAUGGAUGGACAUGAACUAUUCAGUGGUCGAACUGCGCUAUAUUUCUUUCAUUGAGGCGAGGGUGAUUCCAGUAGAUUUCCCUUGGCGUACUCGCCUUUUUUAUUGAAGUUGGGUGUCCGUCUUCUCUGCGGCAAGGUGAGCUUAUCCCAUUUACUUUGUUCAAUCCAGAGUCAAGAUUCAUAUCCCCUUCACUGUCAUUUCAUUUGUGAGAAUUUAUUCCAUUGAUCCAUGUUGUCGGCAUCCUGACAAUUUAUCUUUUUCUGCUGAUCACAAUUGCUUCUGAACACACCGGCCCAUCUCAUUGAGGAAAUCCCCCUGCUCUGCUUAAUUAAAAUUAAUGUGAAAUAUGUUUCUACCAAAACUAAUUACAAUUUAUUCUUUUUAGUUUCUACUGAUUUUCACUAUGAAAUAUUGGGGCCCGAGUAGUUCAGUUCAAUUCCCGGUGGAUAUGGCACACACAUGUAUCAUCGCUGUUAUCGUAAUUGAUACCAACACCUUGACUGAAUCGCAUAGAGUAGACUGCCCUGAUAAUUCUUGCACAACCAAGCUAUCUGUAACAUAGAAUAGACUGUGAGCAUGCCCUGGGGACAUGUCUAAAUAAUUCCUGUACACAUGGACACUGGGUAUGUUUGUAAUCGCCCAAGAAAUUAGCAGCUGGAGAUUAUUUGUUGAAAAAUCUAACGGUGUUUCCUUACCAUCAGCUGCUAUUUCAGUAGUUCUAAAAUGUUCUGCAAGAUAAUGUAUAAUGAAUAUGUAGCUAUGUUCAUGUAUGUAUAGCUUUGCAUAAUAAUGUUUUGUAUGGCAAAGGUUCAUAUGGCUGGAAGGGAAAUUAGUAGCUGCACCUUGGUACCUGCAAAUAAUUUGUUUUACAGUGUCCCUUGAUGGUUCUCCACUUCAGACACUAAAGAUACCGAUGGAGCUUUGUUUAGGAUCUGGGGAGUCAGAUUGUGGAUUACAUGUAGUGGGGAAGUAGAGAGGGGGACGAGGAAGAGGACACCGUCGGUGGCGUGCUAUAUCUCACUAGGCGACAAUGUCGAGAGGGUGCCUGGCAUCAAGAACCCGACAUGCUUUUCCAAGUGUUCGUUGAGGUGAGCCACCUGGGCCGGUCUAUGGGUUGAGGUGGUUUGAUAAUCCCGGGUUGUUCCUCUUUUUCCUGUGUUUUUUUUUCAGGAAAUGACUUUAUUUAUUGGAAAAUGGCAAUAUCGUUUACAAGUAUACAUGAAACAAACUAUUUUUCCUACACCUCUUUGUUCUGUGUAAUGGUGCUCUUGGUUGAGUGUGCUGACGAAAGAGAUUCCAUGCUACAGGCUAGGUAGCUUCUCAGUAACUCUUCAUGAUUUACUUGCAAUGUUGUACUUUGCAAAAUUGUUCCUUGCAAUCCUAAAAUGGUUUCUCAAAACAUGGGAAAAUUACAUUCUAAAAAUUUUAGGCACACUGAGUGAAGCAUAUAUAUAAAGGACGCGGCUAAUCUGCUCCCGGGCUCAAAUGAGCUCGGGUGAACAGUAAAAUCAAAACUAAAUCAAAAAAAAAAUUCAAAAAAUUCCAAAUGGAGUAGAUCUUGUGCCUUAGGAGUUCUGGAUUGUUGUUCUUAUCUAAGAUCUUGGAGUAGAUCUUGUGCCCUAGGAGUUCUGGAUUGAACUCUUGCUGUCCUAUCAACCUACAUUCGCCUCUAGAGCGAUAUCUAGCGCAGCACGUUGAAGCUGUUCCUUCAACACUUGUGCUGUACACAUUGUAGCAGCAAGGUGGAGUUGCUCCUCCACAAACUUUGUGCUGAUUCAGGUGGUAUCAGAGCCUCGUUGACCCAUACUAGUUCUUGUUGUCCUCUUCGAGAGUAAGUUGCAGCAAGCAAUGGAGCAAUUGGAGAAGAGGAUGGAUGCUGCGGAACAACAAAUCAAAGAGCUGCGUGAAGAUCUUAAUCGGAGAUUUGGUCAGCUGGUUGAGAUGAUAAGAAAGGGUGUCCCCCCUACUACCAAUGAAGGAGAUUCAUCUAAAGAAGAGGAAUAUGUUCAUCAAGGAAGAAGGAGAGGUAAUCUUGGAGCAAGACCGCCACGACAACAUGUUGUUCAACGUGCUUCAAGAAGGCCAAUUUAUGUUGAAGCUUCUGAAGGUGAAGAAUAUGAUGAUGCCCUUGAAGAAGCAGAUCUCUACGCAUAUCGGAGAGUACCCAACCCUACAUAUGCAAGAGAUACAUACAAGGUGAAAGCUGAGAUCCCAACUUUUAAUGGAAAUGUUGAUAUUGAAGGGUGCCUAGAUUGGUUAUAUGAAGUGGAGACUUUCUUUGACGUCAUGGAGGUUCCGGAAGAUCGUAGAGUUCCUUUGGUCGCAUACAAGCUGAAAGGAGGAGCCGGUGCAUGGUGGCAUCGCAUUCAAGAGGAGCGCAGGCUCAGAGGAGAACCUUGUGUUAGAACUUGGCGACAAAUGAAAGGCCUCUUGAAAGGGAGAUUUUUGCCCGCUGAUUAUGACCAGAUCCUAUUUAUCCAAUUUCAAAAUUGUGCUCAAGGAAAUAGGACUGUUUCAGAUUACACGGAGGAGUUUCUAAGGCUACAAGUGAGGUGCAACCUUGCUGAAACUGAAGAGCAACAAGUUGCAAGGUAUAUCAAUGGUCUCAAUGAUGCUAUUCAAGAUCGAUUGAUGAUGCAACAAAUCUGGUCCGUUGAUCAAGCACAAGCUCUAGCCUUAAAGGCAGAGAGGUUUGUGAGGAUGAGAAAGACAACUAAGGCUCCAUAUCCUCAUACCGAAGGCUCAUCUAGGAGCCAACCUAAUAGAGUGGAAGAAAAUACCACUCCACCAAAGACAAAACAGCCCAUCCCGAAGCAAACUAGAGGCAAGGGUAAGGCAAAUGAAGGCCCAAAGUGCUAUAAAUGUGGUAAAGAGGGACACAUAUCCAGCGGCUGCCCACUAAGGAAAUUUGUUAACACGACUAUCCAUGAUGGUGAAAGCGAUGAGGAAGAAUAUGAAUCUGAAGAUGUAGACGAACAAGAGGUUUGCCAAGAAGAAGGUGAAGAGGUGGUAUGUGUGAUCCAGCGUGUCCUAUGUUCCACACCACAACUCGAUGACACACAACGGAAGAAAAUAUUUGAGAGCAAAUGCACGGUGAAUGGCAAGGUAUGCAAACUAGUGAUUGAUAGUUGCAGCUGCGAGAAUCUUAUCUCCCAGAAGUUGGUGGACCAUUUAAAGCUUGAAACCCAUGAUCAUCCAAAUCCCUACACUAUUGGAUGGAUCAAGAAAGGAGUGAAUAUGAGGAUCACCAAACAAUGCAACCUGCCACUUUCUUUGGGUAAGCAUUAUCGCUCAAAUGUGUUGUGUGAUGUGGUUGACAUGGAUGCCAGCCAUGUUCUUCUUGGGAGGCCUUGGCAAUUUGAUGUGGAUACUACACACAAGGGCAAGGAAAAUUCUUACUCUUUCAUUUGGAACAAGAGAAGGAUCAUUAUCUUACCAAACAAACCCGAAGGUAAUACCUCUAAGGAGGAGGGGAAAACUAUGUUAACUAUCUCCCAUACCUCUCAUGAGUUUAUGGAAGACUUGAAGGAGGCAGAUUUGUCUGCUGCACUUGUUGUAAAGGGAGAAGAGCACCUGACUGUUGAAAUUCCAACAAAGGUACGUGGUUUAUUGGCAGAAUUUCAGAACAUACUUGGGGAGCCACAUGGCUUGCCACCGAUGAGAGGAAUUCAACAUAGAAUUGACUUAAUUCCGGGAGCAAGUCUUCCUAAUCUUCCACACUAUCGAAUGAGCCCAAAGGAGCAUGAUAUAUUGAAGGAGAAAGUGGAGGAAUUGUUGCAAAAGGGGCACAUUCGAGAAAGUAUUAGCCCAUGUGCUGUACCAGCCCUACUCGCGCCAAAGAAAGAUGGAUCUUGGCGCAUGUGUACGGACAGUAGAGCCGUUAACAAGAUCACCGUAAGGUAUAGGUUCCCUAUUCCCCGUCUGGAUGAUAUGUUGGAUCAGCUUAGUGGAGCAAGAGUGUUCACAAAGCUAGAUUUAAGAAGUGGAUAUCAUCAAAUCCGUAUAAGACCCGGGGAUGAAUGGAAGACCGCCUUCAAGACAAAGGAAGGGUUGUUUGAAUGGCUAGUCAUGCCAUUUGGACUCUCAAAUGCACCAAGUACCUUUAUGCACUUAAUGAAUCAAGUCCUUAGACCUUUCUUAUCCCACUUUGUUGUGGUCUAUUUCGAUGACAUCUUGAUCUAUAGCAAGGAUGAGGAUGAACACUUUGAUCACAUUCGGAAGGUGCUAGAAGUACUAAGGGAAAAUGAGCUCUACGUCAACUUGAAGAAAUGCGUUUUCCUGCAAACACAACUUCUUUUCCUAGGAUUCGUCAUAACAUGUGACGGCAUUCGUGUUGAUGAUUCUAAGGUUGAAGCAAUCCGAGAAUGGCCAACUCCUAAGACCAUUUCUGAGGUAAGAAGCUUUCAUGGCCUUGCAACUUUCUAUAGGCGAUUUGUUAAGAAUUUCAGCACUAUCAUGGCACCAAUUACCGAGUGUUUGAAGAAAGGAAAGUUCCAAUGGGCAGAAGCAGCUGAAGCUAGCUUCAAUGAGAUUAAACAAAAGCUAUCACAAGCUCCUGUCUUGGUACUACCUGAUUUCAACAAGACUUUUGAGUUGGAGUGUGAUGCAAGUGGAGUAGGCAUUGGAGCUGUCCUAUCUCAAGAAAGGAAGCCCAUUGCUUUCUUUAGUGAGAAGUUAAGUGAAACUAGACAGAAAUAGAGUACCUAUCAGCAAGAAUUAUACGCCAUUUUCAGAGCGUUGAAAACUUGGGAAGUCUAUUUGCUGCCUAAAGAGUUCAUUGUUUAUAGCGACCAUCAAUCCUUGAAGCAUUUUAGAAAUCAAAAGCAUGUUGACCGCAUGCUAGCAAGAUGGGCAGCAUAUCUUGAGAGGUUUAACUAUCUCAUCGUGCAUAAAUCUGGAAUAACUAACAGAGUGGCUGAUGCUUUGAGUCGUCGUGCAUGCCUCUUGACUUCUUUUGAAGCUGAACUUCCGGGCAUGGGUCAAAUAAAGGAGUUGUAUGAGGGUGACGAAGACUUUGGCCAUGUUUGGGUAAAGCACGCAAGGGGCCAACCAUUAGGUGAUGACUAUUUGAUGCAAGAUGGAUAUCUCUUCAAAAAUGAUCGCUGUGCAUUCCAAGAAGUUCUCUACGUGACAAGCUAGUUAGAGAGCUCCAUUCAAGUGAUCUUAGUGGCCAUGUUGGACGGGACAAGACUAUCGCUAACCUGGAAGCUCGCUACUUUUGGCCACAACUAAAGAGAGAUGCUGGAAAGUUCGUUCAACGGUGCCCCGUAUGUCAGACCUGCAAAGGCCAAGUCCAGAACACAGUGUUAUACAUGCCUUUGCCUGUUCCUGUUGCUCCAUGGGAGGACAUUUCUAUGGACUUCGUCUUGGGCUUGCCAAGAACAAGACGAGGAAGUGAUGCUGUAUUUGUGGUCGUGGAUAGAUUCUCUAAGAUGGCUCAUUUCAUCCCAUGCCGCAAGACAACGGAUGCUCAUCAUGUGGCAAACCUAUUCUUUUGAGAAGUGGUCAGACUUCAUGGAGUUCCAAGGUCCAUUGUCUCAGACCGUGAUAGCAAGUUUCCUGCUGCAUUUUGGCUCACUUUGUGGAAGCAAUUCAACACUGAAUUGAAAUUUUCUAGCACUGCUCAUCCACAAACAGAUGGACAAACGGAAGUGGUGAACAAGUUUUUGGGUAAUCUG